UUUUACGAUUUUUACGAUUAGAACAUAAAAAGUUAUGGAGCAAGAUGUUGCGCAGACGUUAUUUGCAGAAGGUGGACUAUUGCUUUGCCUUGAUGURCCCAGGCUCACUGAGUUUGGGAUUGAUCUUAACUCGUGGGCUGUUGGSCCGAACUUCAAGGGAGUCAAAAUGAUUCCUCCUGGACUACAUUUUAUAUUUUACWGCGCCAUUAGCAAAGAUGGAGCCAAGGCACCUAGGACCGGGUUCUUUUGGUUUGUAAAGAGAAAAGAAAUCCUCGUCAAGAAAUGGGAUUGUCAUACAGAGCAAAUUGUCGAUGGCGAUGGAAGUGAAGAAAAUGUGGAGCGUAUAAGAUCAGGAAUGCAAGAUUUGGAUCGGUACUUGGGAGCCUAUCCUUAUGACAGCUAUAAGAAAUGGGUUUCGCUAACAAACCAUAUUACGAAAGUCACAUUAGAUAGAGUACAGCCCAGUUCCAAGCAGAUCUCAUCAGUUACACAGGUUCCUUCUUGUGAAAACUACAAAGGAACUGAAAAAAUGGAAGUAGAAGAGAAAAACCUUAAUAUUUCACUUGAACAAUCAGCUGAAAAUAAGAUAAACUUCACUGAUAUACCACAAAAGAGAUAUCCUGAUGGGUCCAGCCCUGUAGACAUCACUAAACACAGUCUGGAUUCUAGUUAUGUAUUGGAAUGUAUGCUGGCAAACAUGACUGCCGAGACAGAAAUUCUAGGAGAACUUCAAUUAGCAUUUGUUUGCUUCCUUGUUGGCCAGGUAUAUGAUGCCUUUGAACAUUGGAAGUGUCUUGUCCAUUUGUUAUGCACUUGUGAUGAAGCCCUUACAAAGUAUCCAAAGCUAUUUGAUGCACUAAUUGGUGUUUUACAUUUUCAGCUUCUUGAAGCACCAAAAGACUUUUUUGUAGAUAUUAUUACAAAAAAUAACUUUUUAACAGUUACUUUGCAGGUGUUUUUCUCAAACCUAAAGUGUUCAUCUACUGCUGAUGUUAACUUGGUCAGAAAAGCUGAACGAUUCCGAAAUCAUCUKACUAAAACAUUCAAGUGGGAUUUUGAAAGUGAACCGGAAGAAUACAAGCCAGUAGUUGUUGAGAUAUGAUUUGUUUGUGAAAUUCAUCAUUUCUUGUAUGYUACUUAUAUCCAUAGACUGAAGWAUUUGUAGAAUAAAAMUCUUAACUC